CCCGGGGGCGGACGGGGCGGCAGCGGCGGCGGCGGCUGCUGCUAUACGGCGGCGGGGCUCUAGGUGUCCUGCCUGGGAGGGUCCCUGCUGCAUUGCAGCCGCCGCGCUGCUCCCGCUCCGCGCACACAAUGGCGACUCCCAGCCCCAGCAGCGGCUCCGGCGCGGGCGGCGGGAGCGGGCCGGGCGCGGGCGGCCCGCAGGCGCACGCCGUCGCCGGCAGCAUGCAGGGUAAACGCAAAGCGCUGAAGUUAAAUUUUGCAAAUCCACCUUUCAAGUCCACAGCAAGAUUUACUCUAAACACUUCUGGAGUUCCGUUCCAGAAUCCACACAUUGAUACACAAGCAACCCUGGGUAGUAAUCACAUUGUACCGUUCAGUUUCAAAAGGAGAGAAGCGGACCUCAUCCAGAAACUUUCCAGCAGGCUACAAGAGAGACUGAGAACACACAGCAUUGAAUCAUCAGGAAAAUUGAAGAUUUCCCCUGAACAACAUUGGGAUUUUACAGCAGAGGACUUGAAAGACCUUGGAGAAAUUGGACGAGGCGCUUAUGGUUCUGUCAACAAAAUGGUCCACAAACCAAGUGGGCAAAUUAUGGCAGUUAAAAGAAUUCGGUCGACAGUGGAUGAAAAGGAACAGAAGCAGCUUCUGAUGGACCUUGAUGUAGUAAUGCGAAGCAGUGACUGCCCGUACAUUGUUCAGUUUUAUGGCGCGCUCUUCAGAGAGGGUGACUGUUGGAUCUGUAUGGAGCUCAUGUCUACCUCGUUUGAUAAGUUUUACAAAUAUGUAUAUAGUGUAUUAGAUGAUGUUAUUCCAGAAGAAAUCCUAGGCAAAAUCACUUUAGCUACUGUGAAAGCACUAAACCACUUAAAAGAAAACUUGAAAAUCAUUCACAGAGACAUCAAACCUUCCAAUAUUCUUCUGGACAGAAAUGGAAAUAUUAAACUCUGUGACUUCGGCAUUAGUGGACAGCUUGUGGACUCCAUUGCCAAAACACGGGAUGCGGGGUGCCGGCCGUACAUGGCGCCUGAGAGGAUAGAUCCCAGUGCAUCCAGGCAAGGCUACGAUGUCCGCUCAGACGUCUGGAGUUUGGGAAUUACAUUGUAUGAGCUGGCCACAGGGCGAUUCCCAUACCCCAAGUGGAACAGUGUGUUUGACCAGUUGACACAAGUAGUAAAAGGAGACCCACCACAGCUGAGUAACUCUGAGGAAAGGGAAUUCUCCCCAAGUUUCAUCAACUUCGUCAACUUGUGCCUUACAAAGGACGAGUCCAAAAGGCCAAAGUAUAAAGAGCUUCUGAAACAUCCCUUCAUCCUGAUGUAUGAGGAACGCACAGUGGAUGUUGCAUGCUACGUUUGCAAAAUCCUCGAUCAAAUGCCAGCAACUCCCAGCUCUCCAAUGUACGUCGAUUGAUAUUGCUGCUACAUCAAACUCUAGAAAAAGGGCUGAGAGAAAACAAGCUGUAAAGAAUUUUCAUCACAUAUUGCAGUGUUUUUAAUGCUCGCCCAGACACCAUGUGCAAUAAUAUUGGUGUUAUUUCCAUCCUGUCCGUAUACUGUUGUCACAUAUAAAGUGCAUCCCUGUAAUAUCUGAUCACACAGUGUUAGUGUUGGUCAAAGAGAGACCUCAUCUUGCUCUUUUGUGGACAUAUUCAUGAAAUGUGGAAAUAAGUACAUAUAUUUGUUGACCGUGAUUGGAUAGCACCUAAAAUUCAUUUCUAGACUCAAAACUUGGAGACUUCUCAGCAGCUACUGGAAAGAUUUUUCUCUCAAACUCUUCCAAUUGUUGUUUCAAGUAAUAAUAAAAGCAAACAAACAGAAGUUAGGCGUUGUCUGUCUGAACUGUAAGAGACUUUGCCUGGAGGGAGAAGAACUUGCUUAACCAACGAGAUGCUUUGCCUUCUGAAGCUAGAAAGGCAAAGGAGAAUUUUAUUCUUCACAAAGUGCAAUAGAUUUACUGCUAUGAAAUUCUGUUGCUUUACAGUCGCAGUGUACUUUCUGGGGACGGUGUGCUCAGCUGAACUUCCUGUUAAAGAGAGAUCAUGUUAAAUAUAGUGAAUAUGUCUUUACCAAAAAUAUGUUGCAUUGAAGAGGCUAACAUUAAACUAUUCAGAGAUGGGAAAUAAUGUAUUCUUUCUCCUUUUACCAUACCAGCCACUCUUCACUCUUAACUAGGUGUCCUGUAACUUGUUACCUGGUAAGAUAAGAUCUUUGACCUGAAGAAUUAUUAAACUACUCAAUUGAAUUUAA